AUGGUGAGCUUUGUCAGACUGAGAAAAGCCGUCGAGCUGAAGAGCUCCAAGCUGGGGAAAACCCCAGCCACACCGUGGAUCAACGAUGAUAUCGUUCCACUGCCUCCGCACCGCCGCACAUGGGACAUGUGGACGUUUAUGGGCUUCUGGGCCAUCAACAACCUCUGUAUUUCAAACUACCAGGUUGGCUCGACGCUGAUCUCGAUCGGGAACUCCGUCUGGAUGGCUAUGGUGGCCAACGUGAUUGGAAGAAUAAUUAUCUGUCUGAUGGCUAUUUUGAAUGGACAAGUCGGAGCAGAGUACCAUAUCGGCUACCCCGUGUUCAGUCGCUGUGUGUGGGGCAUGAGAGGCUCUUAUAUCGCCAUAGUGCAGAGAAUCAUGCUCGGAGUCGUCUGGCUGUCCACCCAGUCCUGGACCGGAGGUCUUUGCAUCUCCUUAAUUUUGUCUUCGCUUGCUCCAGGCUACCAAAACAUGAAAAAUACCAUGCCUGCCAGCACGCAUAUGGAAACAAAAGAGUUUGUUGGCUUUGUCAUCUACUGCGUCCUCAUGUGCGGAAUGAUAUACGUUCCCCCUGAAAAGUCGUCCCGACUGCUUACCACGCUGAACGUGAUGACCGGCGCGACGCUGUUUGGCAUGAUGGUGUACUGUUUGAAGGCUGCUCAUGGGGCUGGCCCCCUCCUGUCUGAGCCGGCCCAGGCAAAUACUGCGUGGGACAAAGGCUGGGCCAUCAUGGCUGGAAUUAAAACCACCAUCGGCACAAUCGCCGUGGGACUGACAAACCAGCCGGAUUAUAAUCGGUUUGCAAAAAGCCCAAAGGACCCGCUUAUUGGCCAGAUCGUGUCGAUUCUAUUCUAUGGCUCUGUGGUCCCGCUCAUUGGGUGUCUCACCACUUCUGCCUCUGCUAAACUGUAUCCGGACACCGACGGCGGCAUCUGGAACCCUCCUCUCUUGGCCGCAAGAUGGCUUGACGACGACUAUAAUGCCAAGAGCAGAGCAGGCGCAUUUUUCUGCGGUGUUGGUCUGCUAGCCGGACAACUGGCCAUCAACACGGUCGACAACGCAUUUUCUGCCGGAAUGGACUUCUCGGGCCUAUUUCCCAAAUUUUUGACUUUGAGGAGAGGCGCCUACGUCGGACUCUGCAUUUCCAUUCUGAUCCAGCCAUGGCAGCUUCUCUCAACAGCAAGUGUCUUCAUCAACGUCAUGUCUGCGUACGCGGUGCUUUUGGGAGCAAUGACAGGCAUCAUGGUCUGCGACUACUGGGCCGUCAGAAAAAGAAAGCUCAAGCUGAUGGACAUGUUUGAGCCAAGCAGCAGGUCAAUCUACUGGUUCAACGGAGGCUUUAAUUGGCGGUCAUUUGCGGCUUGGGUAAUUGGAUUUGCGCCGCUGAUGCCCGGCUUUGUCAACGCUUGCAACUCAAAUAUCGAGAUUCCUUCCGGAGCAAAACACCUGUACCAGCUGGCAUUCAUUUAUGGCUUUAUUGUUUCGUUCCUGCUCCACUACUGCUUCAACCGUCUAUCGCCGCCUUCCGGACUUGGCGAGCUCGAUACCGUCAAUCCGUUCGGAACGUUCACGGAGCAGGAAGCCCGAAACCUCGGCAUAUGCUGGGACGAGUCCGAGGAGAGCGACGCUGUAGAGCACGAGAACCUCGAGAAACCCCCCAGCAAGGCCGAUGUCAAAGUCAAAGAGGUUUCGCUAUAG